AUGCACCACCAAAACACUGAAAUGCCCUCCGGCCUGCCACCCUUGCCCUCACCUAAAACCAACAUCCCUAGCACAGCCGUCCGUAUUCAGUCUGUGGAUUCUGAGGAGGCUGUGGAGUCGGCCACUUAUUCGUCUGAAUUCGAGGAUGACGAUGAGAACGCUGGUGACUGUGGAACGGAACUAAGACUCAGAUCAGGCCCUGGCGACGGUUGUGCUUCUUCCAAGAGCGCCUGCAGCAGCGUCAAAGAGAAUUCCUACGGCGCAGACUUCCAGACCUCCUCGGGAAGCAGUGCCUCCGCUGCUACUGCUGCCGAGGAGCGGCAACGGGCAAACGCGGGGUACGUCGUGUCGCCACAGAUGGGUCGGGCUAUUGCCUGUCUGAGUCCAGUCGAAGGCGCGUGGAGGGCCCUCAGCGAUACGUGGCAACAACAGCAGGAGCGGUCUCUGCGCUCCCCCAUUGGCCAGACUGAGUCGAGCGAAAUUGGUAAGGAUCGCAAUAUUGUAGUGAUAGUGGUGAGCAUAUUGGGAUUCCCAUAG